AUGGCUCGGUCCAAUUUGGUUAGUUCAUCGUUUCGGCUCCGAUUCAGCGGGGCUCUCGACGCUGGAGCUCUUACUGUGGCUCUAUGCUUGGGCGAAGUGGCACAGGGCCUAGCAGGAGAAGGGUGUCGCAUCACCAACUUCUUUGCCCCCUUUUGUUCCUUCUAUUUUGUUUGGCUUUGGCCAUAUGCCUGGCAACUUGGAAAGUUAUUAUUCACAAACUUCCCAAAAACAUUUCUAUCUCCUCUUUAUCUGACUCAGAAAAUUGUCCUUCUAAAAAAAAAAAAAACCCAACAUAAACAAAAAUUAAAGCACAAAAUACAAAGUCAGAUACCUGAUUCUCCCUCUCUUCUCUUCUCUUCUCUUUGCCAGCCAUGUAGUCGUACGAACGAGGAUACACGCUCUCUUCUUCUCCAAAAUAGAAAAAUGGAGCCCCACAUUCACAUCAUCACCUCUAAUUUUAAUCCUACUAUUAUAGCUCCACCUCACCUUCCACCACGACGCCGUCUCCCUUCCUUGACCCGCCACGUCACUCUAUCUCUCCACGCUCAUAACAACAGCGAGGAUGCUCGCCGCCGCUCCGCCUUCGAAUAUUCCGUCGCUCGACGCGCCGUUUUACUCACUCCCCUCCUCGCCGCCGGCUCUUGUUUCUUCCAACAAUCGCCGUACUCGCGGUCAAUCGCCGAAGAGAUGAAGUCACCUUCCCCGCCGGAGACUCCGCCUCCACCCAAGGCGGUGGAAGAGGAGGUGGUGGUGUCGGCGAGGAUAUACGAUGCGACGGCGAUAGGGGAGCCGCUGGCGGUGGGGAAAGAUAAGAAGAAAGUGUGGGAGAGGUUGAUGAACGCGAGGAUUGUUUAUUUAGGAGAAGCUGAGCAAGUUCCGAUUAGAGACGAUAAAGAAUUGGAGCUUGAGAUUGUUAAGAAUUUGAGAAAACGCUGCGUUGAGAGCGAGAGGAGUUUGGCUUUGGCCAUCGAAGCUUUUCCUUCCGAUUUACAAAACCAACUCAAUCAGUUCAUGGCUAAAAGGAUAGAUGGAGAAGGACUGAAAUCUUAUGUUUCACAUUGGCCAGCUCAAAGGUGGCAGGAGUAUGAGCCCAUUUUAAAUUAUUGUCGCGAUAAUGAAGUUCACCUUGUUGCUUGCGGAACUCCGUUAAAGAUCCUACGGACUGUGCAAGCUGAAGGUAUUCGGGCCCUCUCUAAGGCUGAGCGUAAGGCAUAUGCUCCUCCAGCUGGUUCAGGUUUCAUCUCAGGCUUCGGUUCUAUUUCACACAGAUCAUCAGUGGAUAAUCAUUUCCCGAUGCAGUCGAUUCCAUUUGGUCCAAGUUCAUAUUUAUCUGCCCAAGCAAGAGUGGUUGAGGAAUAUAACAUGUCCCAAAUUAUUCUAAAAGAAGUUGCAGAUGGAGGAGGCACAGGUUUGUUAGUAGUUGUAACGGGUGCAAACCAUGUCCAAUUUGGCUCUAGAGGGACAGGGGUGCCAGCCAGAAUUUCGAAGAAGAUUCAGAAGAAGAACCAAGUGGCUAUACUUCUUAAUCCUGAAAGGCAGUAUAUAAGAAGAGAGGGAGAUGUCCCUGUUGCUGAUUUCUUGUGGUAUUCCGCAGCCAGACCAUGCAGUAGAAAUUGUUUUGAUCGUGCUGAAAUUGCUCGAGUUAUGAAUGCAGCUGGCAGACAGCGAGAUGCCUUACCCCAGGACCUUCAAAAGGGACUUGACCUUGGUUUAGUAUCUCCAGAGGUGCUACAGAACUUUUUUGAUUUGGAGCGAUAUCCUCUUAUUUCAGAGCUCACUCAUCGCUUCCAGGGAUUCAGGGAAAGAUUGUUAGCAGAUCCCAAGUUCUUGCACAGAUUAGCUAUAGAAGAAGCUAUAUCGAUAACAACUACUCUCUUGGCACAGUAUGAGAGGCGUAGAGAGAAAUUCUUUGAAGAGCUUGACUAUGUUAUUACAGACACAGUCCGGGGAACAGUUGUUGAUUUUUUUACUGUAUGGCUUCCUGCCCCAACUAUCUCAUUCCUCUCAUAUGCUGAUGGAGCUGACAACAUGGAUGCAUUAAAAGGUGUCUUUGGUUCAAUACCUGAUAAUGCAUUUCAGAAGAAUCUUGCUGGGAAGGACUGGAACCUUAGUCACAGAUUAGUAUCUGUGCUUGUUGGUGGUCUGAAACUGGCUAGUGUUGGAUUUAUUUCCAGCAUUGGAGCUGUGGCUGCUUCAAAUAUUUUGUAUGCGAUUCGCAAAAUCCUUAAUCCAAAAUUGGUAUCUAACCAACAAAUUAAAAGAUCACCAAUACUGAAAACAGCUCUUGUUUAUGGAGGCUUUCUAGGGACAUCUGCAAAUCUUCGUUAUCAGAUUAUUGCUGGAAUCGUGGAGCACCGAAUUUCUGAUGAAUUUUCUUCUCAAACCUUUAUUGUGAAUAUGCUUUCCUUUUUUGUUCGGACUGUCAACUCCUACUGGGGAACUCAGCAAUGGGUUGAUCUUGCUCGCUUCUCGGGACUGCAAACUUGGAAGAGUGAACAACCUUCUUAUCAGACUCUAGAUUCUCCUAAUCAUGCGGCAGUGGAAUGCAAUGCUGCAGAAGAGGCCAAUAUUGACGAAUUCAAGAAUCAGUAAUUUACUUUUGUUUUUGUGCCCCUUUCAACCACAGUACCACAAUACAAAUCCUUCAACACAAAUUCUUACAAAUUUUGGAAAAAGGAAGGAUGGCAUUUGAGCAUUUGCCGCUAAUACGUUGUGAAAACAUUGAUUAAAUACAGCUUGAAAUCAUCUAGUAAGAGAAUGAAUGGCUUCAUCCUUGAUUUU